AUGGCUCCACCAGCUGCAGUCCCUGACAAAAGCAAGAGAAAGAGGGACUACAGCAAUGUGGGGUCAGCCCAGGAGACCUCUAGGGAGAACCUCGCAUCCUUUAUCCGCAAGUACACAAUGGGAGACCUGCUUGGUAAAGGAGGGUGUGGAUGCGUUUGUGAAGGAACCAGAAAUUCUGACGGAUUACAAGUUGCCAUCAAGCUCAUCCCCAAGGAGAAUGCAAUGGGUUAUAUAACUGUGCCUGACACCGGUGAACAGCUCCCUCUGGAGGUGGCCCUCAUGACCAUAGUGUCCAGGCCACCAGAGUGCCCUAACAUCCUCAAGCUCGUGGAAUGGUUUGCGUUGCCCACCAUGUUCAUUCUCAUCCUGGAGCGCCCCAUGCCCUGCAUGGAUUUAUACGAGUACUGCGAGACUUUGGGAGGUCGGCUCACUGAAAGCCAGGGGAAGCACAUCAUCCGCCAGGUGGUCCUUGCUUUGAAACACUGCCGUGACCGCAGCGUUUUACACCGUGACGUAAAGCAAGAAAACAUCCUGGUCAACACCGAUGAUGUGACGGUCAAGCUCAUUGACAUUGGCUGUGGGGAGCUGUUGAAAGAGGGCCCCUACAACGCCUUUGCUGGCACGGAGGCGUUUAGCCCACCCGAGUGGUGGCUGCAUAACAGCUACCAGGGCCGUCCGGCCACCGUCUGGUCCCUGGGUGUGCUGCUCUAUGUCCUCCUCUGUGGGGAGCUGCCAUUUGUGGACGACGUUGAGAUCGUCACCAGACGACUGCGUUGCAGGAGGGGUCUAUCCAGUGUGAGUGACAGGGAAGGAGGUUGCUUAAGGAACAGCAUCAAAGCCUCAGAACAUCUGGACAAGGAAAGCCAUGGGAAAUACCAUCUCCACAAGAACCGCAAGGAGGUGUAUUAG